AUGGCUUCCACUACCAAAACCUUCAAAAGCGAUGAUAGCGUUCUGGACCCUGCCAUCAAAUCCCAUAUUACAACACUCUAUGCGGCUGUGGAUAACCAGGAACUUGAAAUCUGGGGGGCGCAUUUCACAGAGGAUGCCGUGUUGAAGAAAGGCACUUCGAAUGUUAAAGGGAGAGAAAAUCUCGUGGAGCUCGUUACGAAAUCAUGGUCGAAUUUCCAGAGCCGCGAUCAUACGGUGUAUUCUGUCUUCCCGUUUGGUCCCAAGGCAGAGGAGGUGAUGAUGCAUGGGAGAAGCAACAAUGUGUCUAAAGACGGCCAGGCCAGCACCUUCACGUGGGCGGCGCGGAUGCAUUUUAGACGGGACGAAGAUGGCAAGGUUCUCAUUGAUCAGUACACGAUCAUUACGGACCCUCACCCAUCGACAAUAUAG